CACUAGCCGAUAGCACCCAAAAUGGCGCUUACUAUCGUGUUUUCCCAGCAAAUAACAUCGGUGCAUCACAACCAAAGCGAAAAAAAUACGGGCUACGGACGAAAAUUGUGGAAUUUCACCGAACGCCAGCUCAAACGCCGUUUUGUGGUCCAGCCCAUCUAAUAAUUGUUGUUCUAACGCGUCGCCCCCCCAAUCAGCAAAAUAACUAAGUUCAAUAUCCGCCUGGACAACAUAAUGUCGAAGAACAAAAAACUGUCGCUCUCGGGCGGCGAUACGGCGGAGAAAUUCAUUUACAAGCCCAAGGAUUUGAUUUGGGCCAAAAUGAAGGGCUUCACCCCGUGGCCGGGAAUGAUUGUGGAGCCGCCUUUGGAUCUUCUGGCCCAACAGCGACGUGCCAACACCAAGUGCGUCUUCUUUUUUGGCUCCCGAAACUUUGCAUGGAUCGAGGAGAACAAUAUCAAGCCGUUUGAGGGCCCGUGGAAGGACGAACUGGCGAAAGUGAGCAAGCCAGCUGCCUUCCGGCACGCCAUGACUGACAUUGAAAAGUAUAUUGAUGACCCCGCCGAGGUGGACGAGCAGAUUAACGACAGUUGCGGCGUGCCCAACCAUGCAACCGAGGCUGACUUUGACAAGAUCCGCGACGGGCUAGACGGUGAGGAGAAUGCCGCCGAUGAGGCAGCGACGGCAGAUGGCAAUAAUGGAGUAGUGCCCCACGUUGUUGGCAGCCCCGACGAAGGAGAUUCCGUGGAAAAUAAUGCAGACUCUUCUGCUUCGCCCUCCGCCGCUGUGACGACGACGCCGGCAGCCACAGGGAAGUCCGGUGGCAAGAGGACGCCCAAGGCCAAGUCUGUAUCGGCAGUCUCAGUCAGCAAGUCAGCUAAGGCCUCCGCGUCGAAAUCCGCACAGAAACGACGUGUCUCCGCCCACCAGACACCAAGCGGAGCGUCGAGUGCCAAGAGGGGUAGGCGAGUGGCAUCCGGAGAUGUAGCAGGUGACGAUGCAGCCGGCUCCUCGCCCAACGCCCGGCGCCGCAUAGAGACGGACGCGCUGAUGGCAACACUGGCAGCCAAGCGGGCACCAAAUGCUAUUGCUCUUCUUGACCGUCCAGUGGUGACACGGCCAGAGACACAGGCAAUCGACAUGAACUCGCGGUCAAACACCUUGGCCGACCGGGACAUUGUGCCCUCGGAGCAGACCUUUGGAUUCUUGGGACUUGGAAUGAUGGGAUCGACCAUAGUUAAGGACUUAAUAUACACAGGGCACAAAGUUGUCGUCUGGAACCGCACUAUCGAUAAGUGUCAGCCUUUCGUGGAAGCUGGAGCAGAGGUUAAAGACACUCCCAUGGAUGUAGUUGAGGCAGCUGACGUAAUUUUCUGCUGUGUCUCGGAUCCAAAGGGUGCCAAGGAUCUCGUUUUUGGCAACUGUGGUGUCCUUCAGCUUAAGGAUCUAAAUAACAAGGCCUAUGUAGAAAUGUCGACCAUAGAUCCGGAAACCUCAACAGAUAUUGGCGAGGGAAUCAAACAAUGCAACGGCCGCUAUCUCGAAGCUCAAAUUCACGGUUCGCGCCAGGAGGCCGCCGAUGGCAUGCUUAUUAUUCUGGCUGGCGGCGAUCGUUCCGUUUUCGAGGAGUGCCACUCGUGCUUCAAGACCAUCGCAAAGAAUACGUUCUUCUUGGGGACAGAUGUCGGCAACGCAUGCAAGGUCAACCUAAUUUUGCAAACCAUUUUGGGAGUGAGUCUGGUCGGAUUGGCCGAGGCGUUAGCAUUAGCUGAUCGAUUCUCGAUUUCAUUGAACGACAUCAUUGAUAUAUUCGACUUGACUUCAAUGAAAUCACCGCUCCUCUUAGCAAAAGGAAAAGAAAUGGCCAAGGGCGACUUUAACCCACAGCAGCCCUUGAGCCACAUGCAACGCGACUUGCGCUUGGUGCUGAACAUGGCCGAAAACUUGGAUCAAUCAAUGCCCGUCACCAGCAUCACCAACGAGGUGUUCAAGCACACCAAGCGCUUGGGGUAUAGUGAACAUGAUUCUAGCGCCGUAUUCGUAAGAUCCAGAUUUUAACAUUUAGUUAACACGACUACCGUUUAAACUAUAUUUUAUCAUUUAGUUUAAAGCGUACACCGAACAGAACAGAACAGAACAGACACUGACACACACUGACUCGCACACACCACACACACCCUACAUACACUCUACCAACUGUAACCUUAACCAUAACGAAAAUGCACCCAUACACCUAUAACCCAUACCCCUCCCACCAGUCCCUCGCUGACAGAGGUGUUUGACCGCAAUGGGUAUUUUGAUGGCUAUUUGUUUCAAUACAGCCUCUAGCCCCAUUUCUAUAUCGUUGCGUUCGAAAACGUCCUAACCAUCCUAUAAUUUUCCACAUCCUUCCCACCCACGAACAACAGGGCUACUGCUACGCCGAUCAGAGUUUGAAGCAAGUGUGCGAGCCGAUUCGUAUAGUCGGGAGCUGUUCAUCAGCUCCCGGGCUCCACUUGCUGCCCGCUCUUGGCCUGCCCGCUUUGACCUCGACAAGCUCCUUGCGGCGCAAACGUUACGCGAGUCUGUAAAUCUUCUAUUCAAGAUCUAACAAAAGACGAAUAAGGGUGUCUUGAUCAGAUGCAAGUUGAAAAUUAUCAAAAAAGAAAACACGAGUGGGGGCAGGAUCAGAGAAAAAGGGCGCUCGAUUUUGUAAUGAAUAUAUGAUUUUGCUUCCCAACUAUAUACAAAAAAAAAGAAGUAUAUGCUUACAAAAAUUGUAAAUGCCUGCAUGAGAAUAAAAUGUAAAAAAACAUUUCAUGAGCAAAACUCUGUUAAGUAUCGAAAUGGAGCAAUGUCCCCUUGUAUGUACGAAUGAAUCCAAGAAACCAAUUUAAUUAAUUUUCAUACAUCCGGUAUAUUUUAUUUUAUAUCAGCCCCCUUUUGUUCAAUUAUACAAAUAUUUUUCUAAGAAUAAAGUGUAAGCCAAAUAAAUUAUGCAAACCUUUCGUCAAAUGCGGUAAUAAUAGUUUGGGUUACUACCGUCAGACCCACAGUAUAUAAGACCGUGGAUCCACAGUACGUAAGACCGACACCUGAAAGGAAAAAAAAAAACGAAACACUAAAGAACCGACGUAUAUACAGAAUCAAAAAAAAUUCCCCAGAAGCAAAAACAAAUAGCAUAAAAUUUGAGCGCCGAAUAUGGCGAGGGUCUUUAUUAAUAAUAAUAAUAAGAAUAUAUAAUAAAUAAUAUAUUUUACUUAUUAUUUAGUCUGUAUUUUGUUGUAAAACAAAGAUUAAUAAAAAGAUAAUUUUAAAGAGGA